CAGUCCACUUCAGUCCAUCAGAACUCUGCAGAAACUCUCGGUGUCCGUCAGUCUGGAGUUUGAGGGACGCUCGCAAUGCUCUGCAGUUCCGCGCAACUUUCUCCAACACACCGUUCCUCAUGAACCGCGUCCAGGAGGAAAGUUUCCAGUGUACUUCCAGAAGAAAAGUCUCCUGCAUUGGCUCUCACUGCCACAGCUAUGGAUUAUAUUUAUCUAUUCAUGUACUGUACGAUAAACCUCUUAUUUAUGGACUAUAGACAUGCUGCAAAAUCUCAUGGGAAUCUCUCCGGUAAGUUGAGUGAAUUCGGUCUGAUUGUCCCAUUCAGCACGGAUGCGCGCGGCCGGUUCGUUUCUCAUGUGCUUUCUGCGAGAGCGUCACCGACCGGCCGGAAAAGGGUCCCGCGCGCCGCCCCCGUUACGCCUCACACUGCGGCCCUGAACGGGCAACAGCUGUUUUUCAACGUCACUGUGUUUGGAAAAGAGCUGCACUUGCGCCUGAGGGCCAACAGGAGACUCGUGGCCCCUGGAGCUUUUGUUCAGUGGCAGGAGGAUUUUGAGGAACAGGCCAAAGAGCGGAUGCUGGGAGACUGCGUGUUUACCGGGGAUGUAACGGACAUGCCGAGGGCCUCAGUGGCCAUCAGUAACUGUGAUGGACUGGCAGGCUUGAUUCGCACUGAUGAUGAAGAGUUCUUCAUCGAGCCGCUGGAGAAAGGCCAGCAGGAGGUGGAGGUCAAAGGUCGCGUCCACGUGGUCUACCGAAGGUCGGCCAUCAAAAGGGACAAGGAUCAGAGGCGAGAUGACCUCCACAAUGAAGUCACAGACUUUGGUAUCGCCGAGCUGCCCAACGCUCUCAACGCGCUGGAGGAGAAGCUGACAGAGACGGAGCGCAAACGCAGACACGCCAAGAAAGACGACUACAACAUCGAGGUGCUGCUCGCCGUGGACGAUUCGGUCGUGCGCUUCCAUGGAAAAGAGCAUGUGCAGAACUACGUCUUGACACUGAUGAACAUCGUUGAUGAAAUCUAUCACGAUGAGUCUCUGGGAACCAACAUUAACAUUGUGCUGGUCCGAAUGAUCCUGGUGGGAUAUCGUCAGUCCGUCAGCCUGAUUGAGCGUGGGAAUCCGUCCCGGAGUCUGGAGCAGGUGUGCCGCUGGGCAAACACCCAGCAGAGGCUGGACCCCGAGCACGCCGAGCAUCACGACCAUGCCAUCUUCCUCACCAGGCAAGAUUUUGGUCCCGCAGGUAUGCAAGGUUACGCCCCGGUAACGGGCAUGUGCCACCCGCUGCGGAGCUGCACACUCAACCACGAAGACGGCUUUUCCUCUGCCUUUGUGGUGGCGCACGAAACCGGACACGUGCUGGGAAUGGAGCAUGAUGGCCAGGGGAACCGCUGCUCGGAUGAGACCAGUAUGGGCAGCAUCAUGGCUCCGCUGGUCCAGGCCGCGUUUCACCGCUACCACUGGUCCCGCUGCAGCAAACAGGAGCUCAACCGAUACAUCCACUCAUAUGACUGUCUUCUGGAUGAUCCGUUCGAGCUGAAAUGGCCUAAACUCACAGAGCUUCCCGGGAUAAACUACUCCAUGGAUGAGCAAUGCCGCUUUGAUUUCGGUGUGGGGUAUAAGAUGUGCACCGCAUUCCGUACGUAUGACCCGUGUAAGCAGCUGUGGUGCAGCCAUCCUGACAAUCAGUACUUCUGUAAGACCAAGAAGGGCCCGCCGGUGGACGGGACGGAGUGUGCACCGGGAAAGUGGUGUUUUAAAGGCCACUGCAUCUGGAGGUCGUCUCAUGAGCCCUACGGUCACGACGGAGGCUGGAGUUCCUGGGGAAAGUUCGGCUCAUGUUCUCGUACCUGCGGAGGAGGCGUUCGGUCCCGCAGUCGCCAGUGCAACAACCCUGUACCUGCGUAUGGAGGCCGUGAUUGUCCAGGGUCCACGUUCGAUUAUCAGGUCUGUAAUACAGAGGACUGUUCCGGCCCAUACGAGGACUUCAGAGCGCAGCAGUGCGUCCAGCGCAGCAACAAAUACCACAAUAACAUAAAACACACGUGGCUGCCGUAUGAACACCCUGAUGAGGCUCAUAAGUGUGAGUUGAGCUGUCGCUCUAAAGAGACGGGCGAAGUCGUCUUCAUGAACCAGGUGAUGCAUGAUGGGACACGCUGCAGUUACACGGAUCCGUUCAGCGUCUGCGCUCGAGGAGAGUGUCUGAACGUCGGCUGCGAUAAGGAGGUGGGAUCGUACAAACAGGAGGAUAAAUGUGGUGUCUGUGAGGGAGACAAUUCACACUGCCGAACCGUCAAACUCACGCUCACCAAAACCCCGAAGAAGACAGGUUUGCUGAAGAUGUUUGAUAUUCCUGCUGGCGCUCGGCACAUUGUGAUCGAGGAGAAUGAAACGUCUCCUCAUGUAAUUGCCGUUAAAAAUCAGGUCACUGGGAGUUUCAUCUUGAACGCCAAGGGAGAAGAAAUCACGUCCAAGACUUUUAUUGAGAACGGCCUGGAGUGGGAAUAUUCGGUGGCAAACAGCAAAGAAUCGCUGAAGACCGUCGGGCCGCUGCACGAAGGCAUCGUGGUGCUGGUCGUUCCGCAGGCCGAGGACACCAAGAUCAGUUUGAGCUACAAAUACAUCAUUCAUGAAGAUCUUCUGCCGGUCAUCACCAACAACAACGUGCUGCUGGCCGAACUGGACACGUACGAGUGGGCACUGAAGAGCUGGUCGCAGUGCUCCAAACCCUGCGGUGGAGGUGUCCAGUACACUAAAUACGGCUGUCGGAGGAAGAGCGACGGGCGUUUGGUUCACAGGAACUUCUGCGAGAUCAGUAAAAAGCCCAAACCCAUCCGGAAACGCUGCAACACCAACAGCUGCAGCCAGCCCACGUGGGUGGUGGAGGAGUGGGGUCCGUGCAGUAAAUCCUGCGGGAAGCUGGGAUAUCAGUCUCGUGUGGUCCAGUGCAUGCAGCCGCUCCAGAACGGCACCAACAGACCCGUUCACACCAAAUACUGCAGCGAGGAGCGUCCUGAGACCCGCAGAGCCUGUAACACCAGCGCUUGCCCGGCCCAGUGGAGGACCGGAGCCUGGUCACAGUGUUCGGUGAGCUGCGGUGAAGGGAUCCAGCAGCGGCAGGUCAUCUGCAGGCCGUCUGAAGGCAGCUCUGGACAGUGUGACGCGGACAAACCCGAGUCCGUGUCCGUCUGCAAGCUUCCUCCCUGCACAGGAGAGCCGUCUUUACCCAGUCCCACUAGAGAUUUACUGGAGAAUCUGACCACUGAGGAGGAGAAAUCACCGGGAAACACUCUGGAUAAAGUCUCUAACGAGCCGUGUCUGGGUGAUAAGUCCAUCUUCUGUCAGAUGGAGGUUCUGGCGCGCUACUGCUCCAUCCCGGGUUAUCAGAAGCUCUGCUGCGAGUCCUGUAACAGGAGGCUGGGUUUCAGUACGGUUUCUCCAGACGUUCAUCCUCCCUUCUCAUGGCUUCCGGAUUUCACCUUCCCUCCUCUUCCUCAAACGAGUCCCGAUCCGACUCAGACUCAGACGCAGACGUCUGUAUCUCCGUCUACAGCGGCUCCGCUCCUCCACACCACUAAAGCAGCUAGCAGGAGACCUCGGCCCACUUCCUCCAGCCCUAAAGCGGACGAGUUCACUUCCUUUCCGGAGUCUGUCACCUCGCCUCUACCUCCAGACACACUCCAGAUCCAGAACACCACUGCGGACUCGCUCGCCACGACUCACGGAACCAGGGACUCUCUGGUCACAUGAUCCCUCACUAACCGAUCACACAGCAGCAACUGGUUACCUCAGAACGAACCGACAUCACCCACAAUCCUCUGCUCCGUGUGUGGAAACGGGAGAAACCACGAAGGUGCUGUUAUUGAAAUGCUUCCGGCUCAAUCCAUGCUGUUUUGUGUCUUCAGGACUACUAGCGUGUUUGUGGCUGUAGUACGUCAUUAUUCGCUCGUGUAGAUCGUAGCUGUGUUAUUUUGAGGCUAGCUGCGUACGUUUGCUUUGUAACUCUGAUGUAGUUUUGUGAUGGCUUUCAAAAAGAAAAAUAACGCGUUCAUUUCUGCAGUUCAAAAUAAUUGACAUAACACUAUUUUCCUUAAAUCCUUUUGCCGUUUGAUGUGAUUAAUUACAGAAACCUGUGAUUAAUUAGUGUGGAAUACAGAGUCCCACAAUGCACUUGACUUGAGCUUUAUUGGGAUUUUAAUUUCUGUUAAACUCGUUAUUUGACCUGCCUUCCAGAAAUUCAGA